AUGUAUACUACAGGAAAGGCUGCGAUUCGAACAGUGAAAAACUUAAAAUAUUCAGAUGUACAAAACAAAGUACGUUCAGCAACUUCAAACGAUCCGUGGGGACCAAGUGGAGCAGAUAUGAAUGAAAUUGCACGCAUGACAUUUGAUCCACAUAGCUUUGCAGAGGUUAUGGAUAUGCUUGAUCGUCGAAUGAAUGAUAAGGGAAAGAACUGGAGACAUGUCUUUAAAGCAUUAACAGUCCUUGAUUAUUGUUUACAUAGUGGAUCAGAAAAUACAAUAAAAUGGGCAAAAGAUAAUAUAUAUAUUAUAAAAACGCUUCGUGAGUUCAAUUAUAUUAGUGAUGAUGGUAAAGAUCAGGGAUCAAACGUAAGAAUAAAAGCAAGGGAUAUUACGGAAUUAUUGCAGGAUGAUGAACGUCUUCGUUCUGAACGGAAAAACCAUACACAUAUGCAUGGUCGUUUAGGAUUUAAACAUGACAAUAGUUAUAAUACAUCAAGUAAUACUUUACAUAAAAAAUCCCCUUAUAAAAAAUCAUCGCCAGCAUUAGAAAUAUCUGAUGAUGAUAAAGAACUUCAAUACGCUAUAGAAGAAAGCAAGCUUCAGUCUGAAAACGAUAAACGUAGGUCUAUAUUGAAAGCUAAACAGGAAGAAGAAGAACUAGCACUUGCUCUUCAACUUAGUAAAGAAGAGGAGCAAUUACGACAAAUGGCUUUGCUUCAAAAACAAAGAGGUGAUCUUUUAUUUGAAAAAAAUUACCAACAACUGCAACAGACAUCUAACUUUUUUGAUAAUCAAGUCUUUAGUCCUAUACAACAACAACAUGACGUUGAUUAUAUUCAAAAUAUAUAUUUAAAUGCACCUAAUACUUUUCAGUCCCAACAAAAUUCUAAUAUGCAAAAUAUUGGGUAUUAUCAACCUCUACAGAACUAUUCUCAAUUAAAUUGUCAACAAAUAGGUUAUCCUCAAAUUCAACAGACUAUGCAAACAAAUAAUCCGUAUUCUUCACUAAUUGAUACUCAAUUAUCUCAACAAAAUUUUCCAUUAGAUAAUUUUUAUACUAAUUGUUCCCAAGAUCAAUUUAAAUCUCUUAGAAUGAAAUCAAACAACCCUUUUGUUCAAAUAACAAAUUCUAGCAAUUAUAAAGAUAAUUUUAAUACUGCUGAUACAUCAUUAGAUUUAUAUAAAAACCAACAAAAUGAACCAAUUCAAAUGAAUCAAAAUACACAAAAUCUUUUUUCUGAAAGACCAGAUGCACUUUAUCAAGCUAAACUGUCUUCUUUACUCCAAUCAGGUAAUCCGGGUAUUGAUACAUUUGGAAAUGUUGGCGAUCUUCGUAUUCCUAGUCAACAUACAGUUGGUGAGUCUGUUAAUUCUUAUGGCAUACGAAUAAAAACUGAACCGACUGGUAUUAAUUCUUUUUAUAAUCAGAAAAUGAAAUCACAAACAAAUUCCCAACUGAAUGUGCAAACGAAUUCACAAACGAAUUUGCAAACGAAUUUGCAAAUGAAUCCACAAAUAAACCAAGUAAAUCUGCAAACAAAUCAAGUAAAUACCCAAGUAAAUCCGCAAAUUUCUUUUAAUAGACAGCCUAUUAUGUCUGCACCUACUGGUGUAGGAUUCACAAACUUUCCUAGUGAACAAAAAAACAUAAGAUAUCCUUCCAUGGAUUAUUCUACUCCAUUAGCCACUCCAGGAAUUAACUCAUACAGCUCUUAUUUACAACCUCAUACUUCACAAUCACAAAAUAAUCCUCCAUCUGCAAGUUUAAUUGAAUUUUGA